AUGUCUCUUCGAAUUUGUCUUUACUCUUUUCUAACACUUAAGCGACUAGGGCCACAAGAACUUAAUUAUGUAACCCACCGAAGACUGCGAAUAAAGCCACAUUUAGAUCAGUUCCUCUACUCUAAACGAAUUCCUCUCGUUCAGUCCUCAACAAUCGCCGUCGCCAUUUCUGGCGGCGGAUUUCGAGCAAUGUUAAUUGGAGCUGGAUUCUUGACGGCCCUUGAUAGUAGAACACCGGGGAACAGCCAUUUGGGAGGGAUCCUCCAGAGCUCAACGUAUAUUGCUGGAAUUUCCGGAGGGCUGUGGAUCCUAGUUAACAAUCUAUUGAAUGAUGACGAGCCCAUGGUUGAUAAUAUAUCUAAAUUGGCCUCAAGACUCGAGACUCCCGUUUUGGUGGGCAUGGGAAACGUUGAUGUCGACAAAAUCCGUAAGAAGAUAGAUCUGAAGAAUCUGCAACAAACUGAUUUGCCCCAAUCAUCAUUUAAGAGCUCUAUCGUACCUUCUAUACUAUCUGCAUUUUUUUCUGCUAAUGGUUCGUCCAAACCACAAUCUUAUCGCCCCUCCUUUAGACAGACGCUCGAUUUCUACAGAGAUUUGAACAGCGAGGUUCGUGCUAAACGUUUGACAGGGUAUCCGACUUCUUUAACAGAUUAUUGGGGGCGAGCUUUAGCCCGAAAAGUCUUUCCUUCCUCACAGAAGCACACAUAUGCCACUUUUUCUUCGAUUCGCCAAUUUGCUUCUUUUCAGAACUUUUCCCAACCGUUUCCGAUUGUUAGUUCUGUCGAAAAAGCUCCAGGUGUAGAAGAAGACAGUGUCUAUUCUCAUGUGUAUGAAUUCAACCCAUACGAGUUUGGCUCAUGGGAUUCAUACUUGAAUUUAUUUGCUGACACGAUGUACUUGGGAACCCCACUUUUCAAUGGAACCACAUUACUUAGAGCAGCUACAGAUAACGCAACUAUUUGUGUCAUGGGAUAUGAUAAUCUUGGAUUCAUCACAGGCACAUCUUCAAGCAUAUUCAACACCUUGUUCGAAUACGUGUUUAACAUGAUUCUAAAAAUGGAACUGGAGUCAUCUAUGCUCUUAUCAAGAGUAUUGAAGAUGUUUGGAAUAACAAAUGCUCUCAAGUCUCGUGUCCGCCCAGAAUAUGCUGUCUACUCCCCAAAUCCAUUUUACCGCAUGAGAAACACCAAGACGGGCCGUUCCGUGGCCCGAAACAAAAAAUUGUACCUAGCGGACGGGGGAGAUGAUGGCCAAAAUAUACCAUUAAACCCAUUCUUGGUUCGAGACCGUCAAGUAGACAUCGUUUUCGCAGUCGAUAUAGGAUCUGAGAGAGAUAAUUUUCCCAAUGGCACAUCGUUGCAAAGAACAGCACAAAGAUACCACACGGCUACAUCUACUCGAGAAACUCCCGUAUUUUUAAAGGAUUCGACUACCAGAAGCAUUUUCCCCCACGUGCCUAGUCUUGACGAGUACAUGGAAAACAACUAUGGUCGAGCUCCACUCUUUUUAGGGUGCGACAUUAAAACCGACUUUCCAGUCUUGAACGUUAAUUUAACGAACAAUAUGUCUUCCAACGAUCCCUCUUUCCAAGUUUGGACAAACUAUACACCACCGCUUAUUAUCUAUACUGCCAACUACAAUUAUUCUUUUCUUCUGAACACCUCCACAUUUCGCACAGACUACAAUCCUCAAGAAGUAUACCAGAUGGUGAAGAACGGGUAUAAUGUUGCCACAGCAGGAAAUGACUCAAAUUACUCUGCAUGCGUUGGUUGUGCCAUUUUGAAGAGAAACUUGGACAAAGCACAAAGUACGGAAUCCCUCCCGAUCUUCUGUCAAUCCUGCCUCUCAAAAUAUUGCUACAAGCGAACUGCAGGUUCCCCAUAA